AUGGAGGUGGAGGAGGAGGAAAGACGCUCUCCACACGAUCAUGGGGAUCGGUGUGUUCCCGAGAGCUUCUUUGAUCGCGUAACGCAAGGGUUACGCGACGAUCUCGAACAUGAGCGGAAUAGGCGUCUCCAAAUGGCGGACACUGCCUUGAAGCAUCGAGCUGAGUUUGCCUUUGCUCAGCUUGAGAACGAGAGAUCUCUGACAUCUCUUCGUGACGAGCUAAGGGUAGCUCGUGGGAUUGUUGAUCGGUCUCGGGAUGAGAUAGCUGCUCUUCAGACCCUUGUUGAUGCCCACCAUCGGGAGCACAAGGCUCUCUGCGAGAUGCUUGAGCGCAAGGGCGUUCUUCAUCGGAAGAAGCAGCGUACUGAUGGUACGGCUUAA